GCGUCAGUUUGGUCGUGGUAGCUGGAAGCGUCUCUAUAGCAUCGUAUUACUAAUGGUUGUGUUGGUUUGUCCCAGGCUCCCGGCAGGAUGAUGUGGCAGGUUGACCUCGCCGUUCUGGCUACACUGGCCUCCUCCUCCGCCCUGACGGUGGGUCCCGUUACCCUCGCCAACAACAACCGCUUCAUCAACUUCACGAAGGGAGCCUCGCCGGACAACAGCCUCCUGCUCUGCGGCUUCGAGCUGGGGGCCGAUGAGGAGCUAUUGCAGGUGUCGUGGGAGCUCAGAAUUGACGGGGCCAGCGUGGGAACCUUUGACUGGGAGGCUGCCGGCACUAACAAAGCCGGCGGGCGGCUGCAGGGUGUGGUGAACCUGGGCCGAAACGACGGGGCGCUGCAGCUGACGGAGCUGCGGUACGACCUGAGCGGCAAGUACUCAUGCCGCGCUGUAGCGAGCAACGGUGAGGAGGCGGCGACGGCGCCCUGGGAGGUGCUCAUCGUGGACAGUGUAUCGCACCGUUCCACCCUACACAUCCAAGUCACCGGCUGCAGCUACACGACCAGCUACUCCACGCUGGCCAUGUUCCCGAAGCCCGAGGUGAGCGCCGGUCUACACUCCAUAGCCACGGGCGGCUUCUACAACGAGAUCCCCAAGACUUCUUGGAGAAUCCUGAAUCACGACAACGGAUCCGUCACGUAUUCCUACUCCGACUUCACCUUCCAGGUGGGUGUUCUUCAGCUCGGUGCGGGAGUCUUGGGGCCGCCCUGUCUGAUCGACAUGAGAUAAUUAGCUAAUAAAAAAAACACCUUCACUGCAUGUAAUAUCAAGCUGAUGAAACGAUUUUUUUAAAGCAUGAAAUACUAGAAAUCAAGUCAGUCUCAUUUUGAUCUAAAAGAUCUGAGUGUUCUGUUGAGAAGCUCAGGUCGCGGCGCCUCGCCAGAGUUGUGUUUGAGCCGAGGAUUGCAGCGGCAAGACCAAAGCCUUUUAUGAGGAGGAUCAUGUGGCUGAUCCCUUCGGUGGUCGCUGCGUUAUGCCACACGAGUUUUUGUGUUCCCGAGCACCUCAUCCGUGAGUCACUGUCACUGUCUCUGCAGCAGACUCCUCGUACCUGACACUGCCACUAAGAAACGCCGCGCACCAAAGUCACCAUCACUGCAGCAAACUCCUCACUCCUAACUCACUAUCAGCCAGUCACCAUCACCGCAAUAAUCACCUCAUUCAUAAGUCACUACAGCCAUCACUGUAAAUAUUCCCAACGCUUUUGAAAUAUCCCCAUUAUUUAAGCGGGAUUCGUUUUUUUUUUUCUUGGCAAUAUUACCGAAUUGUCUGCAUGAACAUAGUAGGUUACGAUCCCUUACGUUAUAUUGGGCAACCGGGAUUUCUUAAUUGUUAUGUGCGCUUUUUUUUAUAAUUCAGAAGUGUCAGUUUCAUAAUGUUGUCAGAGACAGUCAUCCCAAGAGUUGUACAGAGUCUUAGGUUUCCUCUAUUAUGAUGUAUAUUUAGAUAUAAACAUUUACAUGUACCGUCCCUGUGGAUGCCUUGUGUGUGCCCCAUGCAUUGGCGGGCUUUUCCGCGUCCCGCUGCCCGCAGCGUCCUUGGACGCCAGUGGGGGACAAACACUCACGCUGAGAGGACGUGUCUCAGCUCUCCGCC